AUGUCUUCUGAAGAAUAUCCAACUAUAAGAACUGGAGGUUCUCUCCUCCUUGCUUGGCGUUCAAAAAAUAAAAAUGUACUUGUUAUUGGAGGCGGUGGAGUCGCAACAAGUCGAGUCAUAAAAGCUUUAGAAGCGGAUGCACUUAUAACUUUGGUAUGCCCAGAGAAAGGUCUGAAGGAUGAAUUGAAAUAUCGUAUUCAACAAAAACAAAUUUAUAAAUGGAUAAAUAGAGAAUUUGAAAUAUCAGACUUAGAGGGAGUUGAUAUGGUUUUGGCAGCUAUUGAUGAUCCGAUCAGGUCGGAAGAAAUUUGCACAUUAUGUCGAGAAAGGAAAAUUCCGGUAAAUGUAGCUGAUGUACCACCAAUGUGUGAUUUUUAUUUUAUGGCAGAACAUCGUAAUGGGCCACUUCAAAUAGCAGUAUCAACGAACGGUCAGGGACCAAAAUUAGCAACUAUGAUUCGUGAUCGUAUAGCAGAAAAGUUACCAGAAGGAGUUGGGGAUGCGAUCAAAGGUGUUGGGCUUUUAAGACAAAAAGUAAGACAAACUGAUCCAAGUCAUACUUCAUCUAAGAAAAGAAUGGAUUGGAUGUCAAGAAUUUGCGAACAGUGGACCAUGGAAGAAUUACGACAGUUAGAUGAAGAAAAAAUUACCAGAUUGAUGUCUUUUUACGAGAACAAUGAAGUUCCUAAUUUUUCAUUGAUUAAAGAAAAGCAAAUUGAUUCUACCAGGAAAGGACGCAUUAUUUUGGUUGGAGCAGGACCAGGAGAUCCAGAACUUAUGACUAUUAAAGCCACCAAAGCUCUUAUGUCAGCAGAUUUGAUUGUAUCUGACCGACUUGUUCCGAGUAUUAUAUUCUCAAAUGUUACAUGUGAAGUUCGUUUAGCACCCGCAAAAUCGGGAGAAGCUAAAUCAUCAGAGUCACAAGAUGAAAUUCAAGGUUGGUGUCUUGAUGCAUUAAAUGAAGGUAAAACUGUUGUACGACUGAAAGUUGGCGAUCCAUUUUUGUUUGGACGCGGGGGAGAAGAAGUAGCAUAUUUUAGGGAGAAAGGUUGGAACGUUGAAGUCAUUCCGGGAAUUAGUAGUGCAUUAUCAUCGCCUAUGGCUGCAGAUGUGCCUGUGACUCACAGAGGUUUGUCAGAUCAAGUGCUCAUCACAACCGGUCAAGGUACCAAGGGACGAUUGCCAGAACUACCUGAAUAUCAUGAGAUGCGUACCACAGUUGUGCUCAUGGCUAUUGGCAAAGCGAAUGAAUUAUCUAAAGAGUUAUUAAAUAAAGGAUAUCCUGAACAUCUGCCUUCAGUAUUUGUGGAAAAUGGUAAUCGUCCUGAAGAAAGGAUCAUUCCCGCGACGGUUGCAACAUUAGGGGAAGUGGUAGAAAAACACCAUAUGACAUCUCCGGCAACACUUAUCAUUGGCCGAUCUGUAAAUGUAUUAACCAACGAGAAUAUAAAAGAUAACCUUUGA